CCUCUGUCCUCUGUUCCUCUGUCCUCUGUUCCUCUGUCCUCUGUUCCUCUGUCCUCUGUUCCUCUGUCCUCUGUUCCUCUGUCCUCUGUUCCUCUGUCCUCUGUUCCUCUGUCCUCUGUUCCUCUGUCCUCUGUUCCUCUGUCCUCUGUUCCUCUGUCCUCUGUUCCUCUGUCCUCUGUUCCUCUGUCCUCUGUUCCUCUGUCCUCUGUUCCUCUGUCCUCUGUUCCUCUGUCCUCUGUUCCUCUGUCCUCUGUUCCUCUGUCCUCUGUUCCUCUGUCCUCUGUUCCUCUGUCCUCUGUUCCUCUGUCCUCUGUUCCUCUGUCCUCUGUUCCUCUGUCCUCUGUUCCUCUGUCCUCUGUUCCUCUGUCCUCUGUUCCUCUGUCCUCUGUUCCUCUGUCCUCUGUUCCUCUGUCCUCUGUUCCUCUGUCCUCUGUUCCUCUGUCCUCUGUUCCUCUGCUCUGUUCCUCUGUCCUCUGUUCCUCUGUCCUCUGUUCCUCUGUCCUCUGUUCCUCUGUCCUCUGUUCCUCUGUCCUCUGUUCCUCUGUCCUCUGUUCCUCUGUCCUCUGUUCCUCUGUCCUCUGUUCCUCUGUCCUCUGUUCCUCUGUC